GACCAGGAACAAAGACGUCCCAGGAAGAGGCAGGAAGAGGCUGCACUGGACAAGCCUCUUCUGAAAGAAGAACCUCACCCUCUGACCCGACUUUCCUGAGGAUGCUGCUGCUGAGCCAGUCAUGGCUGGGACUCGGGUCCAUGGCCCCCUCCCCAUGGCUGCUCCUGCUGCUGGUCGGGGCCUCCUGGCUCCUGGCCCAUGCCCUGUCCUGGGCCUUCACCUUCUACAAGAAGUGCCGCCGCCUCCAAUGUUUCCCACAGCCCCCAAAACUGCACUGGUUCUUGGGUCAUGUGGGUCUGGUCAACCCCAACGAGCAGGGCUUGACCACUCUGGCUCAGCUGGUGGCCACCUACCCCCAGGCUCUUUUGUUCUGGCUGGGGCCCAUCAUCCCUGUCAUCACUCUGUACCACCCAGACGUCAUCCGAUGUGUCACCAAUGCCUCAGUCUCCAUAGCACCCAAAGAUGUGGUCUUCUACAACUUCCUGAAGCCCUGGUUGGGGGAUGGGCUCCUGCUGAGUGCUGGUGAAAAGUGGAGCCGUCAUCGCCGCAUGCUGACACCUGCCUUCCACUUCAACAUCCUGAAACCCUAUAUGAAGAUUUUCAAUGACAGUGUCAACACCAUGCACGCAAAGUGGCAAUGUCUGGCCUCGGAGAGCAGUGCCCGCCUGGACAUGUUUGAACACAUCAGCCUCAUGACUCUGGACAGCCUGCAGAAAUGUGUCUUCAGCUUUGACAGCCACUGCCAGGAGAAGCCUAGUGAAUAUAUUGCAGCCAUCCUGGAGCUCAGUGCCCUUGUUGCAAAACGGCACCAGCAGAUCUUCCUGCACAUGGACUUCCUGUACCACCUCACUCCUGAUGGGCGGUGCUUCCACAGAGCCUGCAGGCUGGUGCAUGACUUCACAGAUGCCGUCAUCCAGGAGCGUCGCCGCACCCUCCCUGAUGAGGGUGCUGAUGACUUCCUCAUGGACAAGGCCAGGACCAAGACUUUGGACUUCAUUGAUGUGCUCCUGCUGGCCAAGGAUGAAGAUGGGAAGGUAUUGUCUGAUGAGGACAUCAGAGCAGAGGCUGAUACCUUCAUGUUCGAGGGUCAUGACACCACCGCCAGUGGUCUCUCCUGGGUCCUGUAUAACCUUGCAAAGCACCCGGAGUACCAGGAUCGCUGCCAGCAGGAGGUGCGAGAGCUCCUGAGGGACCGUCAGUCAGAGGAGAUUGAAUGGGACGACCUGGCCAACUUGCCCUUCCUGACCAUGUGCAUCAAGGAGAGUCUGCGGUUACACCCCCCAGUCCCCGUCAUCUCCCGCUGCUGUACCCAGGACGUUGUGCUCCCAGAUGGACGAGUUAUCCCCAAAGGUGUCAUCUGCCUGGUCGACAUUUUCGGGACCCAUCACAACCCAUCAAUCUGGCCGAACCCUGAGGUCUAUGACCCCUUCCGCUUCGACCCAGAAAACACCCAGAAUGGGUCACCUCUGGCUUUCAUUCCCUUCUCAGCUGGGUCCAGGAACUGCAUCGGGCAGACGUUCGCCAUGACCGAGAUGAAGGUGGCCCUGGCGCUCACGCUGCUGCGCUUCCGCGUCCUGCCCGAUGAGACCGAGCCCCAGAGGAAGCCGGAGCUGAUCCUGCGCGCGGAGGAGGGACUUUGGCUGCAUGUGGAGCCGCUGGGUGCUGGUCUGCAGGGUUCCACCGCCACAAGGCCUUAGAUCCAUCCCUGACCACGUCCGCCUUCCUUGGCAUAUUCCCAAUAAAAC